UUUUUUUUUUUUUUCAUUUACAUUUUAUUUUAUUUUACCUCUAUUUAACAAGGCAAGUCAGUUAAGAACAAAUUCUUAUUUUCAACGACGGCCUAGGAACAGUGGUUAACUGCCUGUUCUGAAUCUAGAGUGCUGUGCUGAGAGAGACCUCUGUAUUCCCCCAAAUCCCAAUAAUCCAGUAUCUUUUAAUAUUGUUUGUGUGAUAGUGUAUGAGUGAAAUGUAUGGAUGUUUUUCAAAAGGUUUUACUUAUAAGAAUCGAUUCAACAUGUUUAUUUCAAGAUGUUGUUUGUUUAGUCAAAUAAGGGCAUUUACAUUUUUACAUUGUAUCCCAUCUACGUCUUUGUUUUCCCCUAGUUAUUGAAUAAAAUACUUGGAUGUUCUAAUUGUAAAAUGUAUACUAAGUUGUAUCAUCUUUAUUACUGUGUACUACUGUGAGGUUUCCACCACAAAUAUAAGGCUCUGCUGCUCCCUUUUGUUAUUGUGGUACUGCAGUUAUCCCCAGUCCGUCCCGUCUCCGUGGUUACACAGUGGCGGAAGUUAUCGCAAUCCACCUGUUGCACUUCGAACAGGAAAAAUAGCUCGACAAAUCGAUAUUUGGCGUUCUUAAAAACUAAGCCAAUCGAAGCAACGGGAAAGUUCUAGAACUACUAGCUACAUUCUAUCCGUGUCAACUUUAAUGGACAAACUAAAGAAAGUUUUGAGUGGCCAAGAUGGCAACAAUGAUGACGGCGACAUAUUGCAAGCGGCGAACCAAGCCUCCACCCUGGGCUGGGGCACGCGCAUGAAGGGCUUUAUCGCAUGUUUCGUGCUCGGGGUCUUGUGUUCCAUUCUGGGGACAUGCUUGCUGUGGAUUCCAAGGGUUGGUCUGAUUCUGUUUGCCGUGCUGUACACACUCGGCAAUGUUGCCUCUCUGUGCAGCACUAUGUUCCUGAUGGGACCCCUUAAUCAGCUGAAGAGGAUGUGUGCCAAAGAAAGAGCACUGGCCACAGCUAUCAUGCUGACCUGUCUGGUGCUAACUAUGUGUUCUGCUUUCUGGUGGAAGAAUAAUGGUCUAGCCUUACUCUUCUGUAUUCUACAGUUUCUGGCCUUCGCUUGGUAUGGCCUGUCCUACAUUCCAUUCGCAAGGGAUGCCGUGAUAAAGGCCUUCUCUGUCUGUCUGAAGUGAGGCUGCAAACCUCCCUUUCACUCUCCCUCUGAGGGGUUAUGAUGUGUGUGUGUUUGGGGGUUGGCUAAAGCCCUCAACUCUCUGGCAAACACACAGACGCCACACAGGUGUGCUGGAAUGGUGCCCACUGAGUAAACACUCGUCAGCGAAUGCUUUCCAGAGCAGAAGUGUACCUGAGGUAUGAUGUUGUGUAGAGGAAUCUGUUUGUGAGGGAUGCCUUAUCUUAUGUGUGUGUGGUGUCUGUCCCUUUAAGGUUGGUGUAUAUGUGAAUUGUGUGUGUUUUUCUACAGUGUGAGUCCAGCUCCUCUUAAUUUACUGUGGGGGAAGGGUCAAUGCACCACCUCUGUCAUUUCUAUAACUGUAAAUCAAACCAGACCAAAACUAUUCAGAUCUAUAUUUAGGUGCCAACAUGGUGUGUCUUCACUAGUUAGUUGUACUGUAGGUGUUUAUUUACAUGUGUUCACAAUGGACAGCUGACUACUGAUCAUUUCACCGGCUCAGGUCUGGAAAUCUGUACAGUCAGAGGACUUUUUGCAGCUAAUCCCAAGUGCACUUACCAGGAGUCUGAAUAUAAGGGCCUGCUGUUAAACAUUCUUUUCUAGCUGGAUAGAUAUACAGUUGUAGUUGGAAGUUUACAUACACUCAGGUUGGAGUCAUUAAGACUAGUUUUUCAACCUCUCCACAAACUUCUUGUUAACAAACUAUAGUUUUGGCAAGUCGAUUAGGACAUCUACUUUGUGCAUGACAC